AUGUAUGUGAAGCCACCAAUGGAACACGUAGAUAUUCUGAUUCUAACAAUCUUUCAGAAACCGGACUACCAGACAAUUGCCGAUCGCCUGGGCAUUUCCCGCCACGCGGCGCACCAGCGGUUCUACACACUGCGCAACUACUUCAAAAGCCUCGAUGGCAACAACAACGCAGGUGCUGCAGGAUCUGGUGGUCCCAGCAGCUCUGCCACUCAGCGAACCACCCGAUCCUCCCAGAGUGGCCCUGUCCGAACCACGACGGGGGCUACCGCGGAGAAGGAGUCCGUUGAUCUUACUGGCGAGCAUCAGGAAGGAAGCUCCGUCAAGGAUGACGAUUAUUAUGAUUCCGAUGAAGACGACGAGGAGGAUGAUUAUGAAUACUAA